CCGUGACUGGCCUUUGCGCAUGCGCGGGGAGAAGUGCGCGGAAGGUGAAGAUGGCGGUGGCCGGAGCUGGGGCCCUGGGAGUUCGAUGGCUGAGAAGGGCUGUCGGGAACGUGGUGCCGCUAGGGGCACGAACAGCCUCCCACAUUACCAAGGACAUGCUUCCGGGGCCCUAUCCUAAGACCCCAGAAGAACGGGCAGCCGCCGCCAAGAAGUACAAUAUGCGUGUGGAAGACUACGAGCCUUACCCGGAUGAUGGCAUGGGGUAUGGUGACUACCCGAAGCUCCCUGAUCGCUCACAGCAUGAGAGGGAUCCAUGGUAUGAAUGGGACCACACAGACCUAAGGUUGAACUGGGGUGAACCGAUACACUGGGACCUAGACAUGUAUAUCAGGAACCGUGUGGAUACAUCCCCCACACCUGUUUCUUGGAAUACCAUGUGUAAGCACCUUUUCGGCUUCGUGGCCUUCAUGAUUUUCAUGUUCUGGGUGGGGGAAAAAUAUCCCACCUACCAGCCUGUGGGGCCGAAGCAGUAUCCUUAUAAUAAUCUGUACCUGGAACGAGGAGGUGAUCCCACCAAAGAACCUGAGCCAGUGGUUCACUAUGAGAUCUGAACAGGCACCAUGGGCUUUUGUGCUCUCUAACCAGAACUCCCUCAUUUCUAGAGAUUUAACCUUAAUGAAAUCCCUAAUAAAACUCAGUACUGUGGUA